GGCGACUCGUCGAACAAACAGCGACAAGCCACUGCUGCUUGUUAACUGCCAUUCACACAUUUCUAGUGAAUCCAUUUCCAACUCCACACGGAAUUCGUUUGAGUGAUGAUUGAGGACUGAGUGUGGUUGCAGAAACUUGCCAAUUGACAGACGUUGCUCGGUUUGGAAUGUGAUGACAGUGGUUCACAAGAGUGCUCACAGCUGCUGAUAUUGAUCACUGUGCCUAGUGAAGCGAGUUUUAGAUCCAGGUUGUAGAGGUCUAAGCAGGCAAGUUUUAACCGAAUUACCUGAUCACACACCAUGGCUGACCAGUCGAGGGCAAAUGCGACGGAUGAGAUUGUCUUUCGGCUACCCGUCGAUUCUGAACACAAAGCCAAGACAUUGCACAUCUUCAGCUUCGCAAAACCCCACAUGCGAGCGUUUCAUCUCUCCUGGAUUUCGUUUUUCACUAGUUUUCUUUCGACAUUUGCUGCCCCGCCGCUCAUUCCAGUCAUCCGAGACAAUUUAAACCUAACAAAAACUGACAUCGGACAAGCUUCCAUCGCUUCAGUAUCUGGUGCGGUUCUGUCCCGGCUCAUGAUGGGAACUGUGUGCGACAUUGUGGGGCCACGAUACGGCUCUGCGUUCCUCAUCAUGAUCAAUGCACCUGCAGUGUUCUCAAUGGCGGUGGUUGAUGAUCCCGCGGGCUUUCUUAUCUGCCGAUUCUUCAUUGGCUUUUCGCUUGCGACAUUCGUUUCGUGCGAAUUCUGGGUGACCAACAUGUUCACCACAAAGAUUGUGGGUACUGCUAAUGGGCUCGCUGCUGGCUGGGGCAACCUUGGUGGUGGAGCUACUCAAAUCAUCAUGCCUCUAAUCUUUCUCUGGAUUAGAGACAGUUGUGAUUUGGGGGAAUGUUCUGGCAGCUUUCAUCAUCCAUCGUUCAUGGCAUGGCGCCUCGCCUUUUUUCUCCCCGGAACAGUACACAUCUUCGUGGGACUAUUGAUCCUAUUUCUUGGCCAAGACCUUCCUGAUGGAAAUGACACCACACAUCUCCACAGACAGAAUGAUGUCAAAGAUAGCUUCAACAAGGUAUUGUACUUCGCAGUAACGAGUCCAAGAACAUGGAUAUUUUUUAUAAUCUACGGGUACAGCUUCGGGGUAGAGCUGACUGUUGACAACAUCAUCGCUGAGUAUUUUUACGAUCGCUUUGAUUUGAAUCUGAACACCGCUGGGGUUAUCGCAUCGGCCUUCGGUUUUAUGAACAUCUUUUCUCGUCCAGCGGGUGGGUACCUCUCCGACUACAUUGGGCGUCGUUUUGGGAUGCGAGGUCGAUUGUGGAUCCUAUGGAUUGUCCAGUCGCUAGGAGGUGUUUUUUGUAUCUUACUCGGCCUAAUGACUGACUUGUCCGCCGCCAUUGCGGCCAUGAUCGUCUUCUCCAUCUUCGUCCAAGCUGCCUGCGGAACCGCGUUCGGAAUCAUCCCUUUCAUCUCUCGGAGAUCGCUGGGCAUGGUCAUCGGACUGACUGCAGCGGGAGGGAACAUUGGAUCCGUGGUGACGCAAGCGCUCUUCUUCACAUCAUCCUCCUAUCACACCGAAGUGGGCCUCAUAUACAUGGGCGUCAUGAUCCUGUGCUGCACUAUGCUGGUCACUCUGAUAUGGUUCCCGCAGUGGGGUAGCAUGUUCUUCCCAGCUCGCAAAUCGGCCACAGAGGAAGAUUACUACGUGUCUGAAUGGACUGCGGAAGAGCAAGGCCAUGGCCUGCAUUUGGCAAGCUUGAAAUUCGCUGUGAAUGCUCGCAGUGAGAGAGGUAGGCACGGCAGCUCCAGCUCUCGCGACCCGGAAGGCGACCACCCUACCGCUGACGGAAUCGGCCUAUCUCUUUGGAAGUCCUACUCGCACUAGACUCUUAACCGCAGACGCAUAGCCCUAAUUGAACGUCACAAUUUCCAAGGACAUCGAUCAGAUCGCUGCUAUUUUCUAGACGAGUGGCGCAAUUUGCGAAUCCGACACCACCACAGCUUUGCUUUUGAGCAUCUAAGCAAGGAAAAGCCCAUCCUCCCUCGCUUCGGGAUUGCAGAGCGACGAUUAAUCACUGAUAGUUCACAGUAUUUGGUGCCGCACGCAUCUUGCUUUAUCUAGACUCUGCGAUGGCAUCGGACUGUCGGCAUACCGACUCCGCGACUGCGCUUCCGCACCCCUCGAGACUGCCCUUGGGCAGCUAUACUGACCGAUUGUUUUGGGCAGCCCGGAAUUGAGCAAAACAAAGUAAAGCGUAAAAAGUCUUCGGACGUGGAAAUGUUCUAGUGAGGGUAUGGCAUUUAUUUUUCAUCCAAUGUCUUGGAUGUCUUCGAAAGACGUGUGAAUGUUUUAAUAGUUUGGAUGAAUGAUUUUCCUGAGGGAAUUGUGACAAAAUGAUAUUGUAAAAACUGUUUAAAAAUUGAUUUUGAAGUUUGAGCAAACUACAAAA